AUGAGGAACCUGUACCGUGUAUCGCAUUCGAAACACGAUCUGAAGAAUCUUAGUGAUUUCGGUGAUGUUGACGCCUUUAUCAUUGAUCAAACUAAUGACGAUCAAUUUUAUUACGUUGCCGGUGAUCGGCUGUAUCGUGUAACACUCAAUGAACCGGCCACUCCAGUCGGUGGAUGUGAGGAAUAUGCACCAGAGUAUCCAAUCGCCGAUGAGCUAAUAUUGGACGGUUGCCCUAACUCGAAAAUAAUCGCUGUAGAACAUCUACUUCUGACCGGCGAGCUGUGCUGUGCACUAUCCGAAGGAAGUGUGGUAGUAUACAAUUUAAACACUUCUGUCUCGAGCGUACCUACGCACUGCGGUCAUGGAAUCAAGGCGAUGCAGUGGAGCCCAGACCAGGAACUCGUCGUGUUCGUCGAUGGUAACAUGAACGUGGUUACCAUGAUCGGUAGCGAGUACGAAGCGAUCAGCGAGGUACAGCUGAAUGACGACACGUUUGGUGAUCGGCAGUUCAUGAGCGUUGGCUGGGGCAAAAAGGAAACCCAAUUCCAUGGGUCGGCAGGAAAAGCGGCCGCCAAAAAAUCCGAUCCCGAUGAAGACGAUGAUUCAAAUGACCGAGAGCAUCGAGACACCAGCGUCGACAUCAGCUGGCGAGGAGAUGGCGAGUACUUUGCGGUAGCUUUUUUGGCCCCUUUCGGACAACGCGCCUUCAAGGUGUUCAACAAAGAAGGAGUCUUGCAGUAUACUUCGGAGAGGUGUAACGGUUUGCGCGGACCACUCGCUUGGCGUCCCUCUGGUCAAUGGAUUGCGAUCACGCAGGUGUUGGGCGAGAAAUGUGUUAUAGCACUGUUUGAAAAGAAUGGCUUACGCCAUCGCGAAAUACCAUUGCCGCUGGAACCACACAAGAAUCAAAAAGUGGUCUCGUUACACUGGAGCCCGGACUCAGACGUUCUUGCCGUCCACUGGGUUGACGGUGAAAACUGCACCUGCUAUGUGGACCUGUACGUGAUUGGAAAUUAUCAUUGGUACUUGAAGCAGCGUAUGCAUUACACGGACUCCACGCAUGUUGCCGGGAUGCACUGGGACCAGCGCCAUUCUGCGGGGAAAACCUUACACUUGUUAACGUUGGAAGAACUGUCUUACGAGAGGAUCCGAUUUGAGUUUCGUGUCGAUCGAUCUGUCGGCCACGGUGAGGAUGAUGAGGCUUUGGUAGCCGUCAUCGAUAGCAACCGGCUGCUCCUUACCAACUUUCGGCGCGCCGUUAUUCCUCCGCCCAUGUGCAGCUACACACUGGAGCAGAAACAUCCGAUCAACGCGGUGGGAUUUAUUCGUUCACCCGGGCGCUGGAUAAGCACGCGGCAGGACAUCAGCUCUAACGCGUUUUAUACCAUUGACUCGUUUGGGGAAAUCACUUUAUACGAUGUUGCACUUUCCGAUUGCGGUACUCGUUCAGUACUGUCUGGCGUCAAAGAGCUGCUUAAGAUCGAUCCCUUUCCGGAACCGCACGAAAAUACGUAUCAGCACUGGAUGUGGAUCAAUCCGGACCAUCUUGUAAUGGUGCACAACGGAGACUGCGCCGUGUUCUACAUUGAGGCAUCAGACAAAGGGCGCCAGCAACAUUACCAUGAUGGCAUGGAAGAAAUCAUGGCGGGUUCUUCUUACGAGAGCAUACACAUCGAAAAGCGUGGUACGGAGUGGAUCGGCUGUAUUGAAGCUUCCGGAUCGGAUAAGGCACUCGUCGAGUUGUCCUCCGGUCGCCUGCUGGAGGUAGAUGGACUAACGUUUGACAAGGGCAUAAGGUGUAAAAAGAUUGUUCAACCCUACAGUUCAACGCUACCGGCCUUUUGUGAGCAGUUGUUCACAGUUCGCGAUCAUCCCGAAAAAACGCUUUUCGCGUUGGCUCCUAAUCGUCGCAAUCUUUACCGUAACGGAACGCUGAUAGCUUCGGAUGUGACGUCCGCGUUGCUCACCGAAUCGUAUCUCCUGUGUACCACCAUCUCCGAGCUGAAGUUCAUAUCCUUACGCGCAGAUGAGCGGGCUGUAGCCCGUACUCCGGCAGCCAUCGUAGGUGAGCGGAAAAUCGAGCGUGGCUCAAAGCUGGUGACCGUUGUGGCGAAGGCGUCCCGAACCGUCUUUCAGCUGCCCCGUGGUAAUCUGGAAGCCAUCAAUCCUCGCGUCUUAUCGCUGUGUCUAAUAGCGAAACAUUUGGACGCGUUGGAGUACUACGAGGCGUUCGAUAUUAUGCGCAAAGAGCGCAUAAACCUUAAUCUUCUUGUGGAUCACGAUUUCGCACGCUUUAUGGCGCAUCUGGGCUCGCACUUCCUCGUCCAGAUUACAAACGUCAACUGGUUGAAUUUGUUCAUAACCGAUCUUUCGAAUCAGGACGCCCGCCAGAUGUAUGAAAGCAACUACCUUAACCGGGAGGAUCAGACAGAGGCUGGGGGAUGCGCGAUCGAGGAAAAAGUUCGGUUCUGUUGCGAGCGGCUCCUUGAAGCGAUGGAUCCGGAACCAACUAUAUUGACGCUGCCGAAGAUUACCUGCCACGUGAAGCAGGGCCAAUUGGAGAAAGGACUCGCACUCAUAUGGACACUAAAACAGAAACAGCCCACGCCCGAUGCAGCAGAAGAAGCGCUCCGAUACCUUCUGUACUUAGUCGAAGUGAACGUGCUUUAUAAUGUCGCGCUGGGCAUGUACGAUUUCGGUUUAGUUCUGUUUGUCGCCACAAAAUCCCAGAAGGAUCCGAAGGAGUACUUGCCCUUCCUGAACGAGCUGAAACGGAUGGAGGAAGACUACCGGAAGUAUCGCAUCGAUUGCCAUCUGAAACGUUACGAUCGUGCGCUCGAACACAUCGCGCGGUACGAAUCAGACGAGGAUCGGUUUCAGGAAGCGAUUGAACUCAUCGGCACACACCAGUUGUACACGGUAGCGCUCCGGUGUUAUCGUGGCAGCACAAAUCAGACGUACUACCAGAGAAUCUGUGCCCUUUAUGGUGAUUUCUUGCGAAAAGGUGGCAAGCAUGCCGACGCUAGUCUGAUGUACGAACGGGCCGGAGAUCUUCAACAAGCGGUCUCUUCCGCACGACAUGCGCUUGAUUGGCGUCGGGUGGUUCGAUUAUCCACCAGUGCAUCGAUUCCGGCUGAUGCCGUAUUGCGAUCGCUUGUGCCAGCUUUGCUGGAAGCCGGAGAAUACGAUGCAGCCGCCACCAUAGCCCACGAUCACAUGAAGGACACACGCUUGGCCGUCGAUUGUCUGCUGAAGGAUCAUCGGUACGAGCGGGCACUCUUAUUAGCUGCCUCUGAGCCUGGUUUGCAGGACACAAUUCGGCUCAAUCUCGGGGAUUAUCUGGGAACGCUCGAGACGACGCUGACCUCGGAAAAGGAACAGUUUUUGCAUCAGAAAGGCCGCUUGGCUGUGGUGCGUGAAGAACGAUUGCGUAAGCGUGCAGCCGCCGCGGCUGGAGAAGACGAUGGUGACGGAGAUGCUGACUGUGGGGAUUGCGAUCUGUUCUCGGACAAUUCCACUAUCGCGUCUUCACGUCACACCGGUACUUCCGGACGAUCGGGCAAAUCACAUCGUUCGAGCAAAAACCGCCGGAAGCACGAGCGGAAGCUGCUCAACCUUAAGGAAGGCAACCCGUUCGAGGACAUCGCCCUAAUCGAUGCACUGCACGCGUUGGUCGUUCGCGUCUGUGGUGUGGAACGACAGCGGCACGUUCGAGCCAUUUGCCAGGUGGCCAUAGAGCUGCGUUACGAUACGGAAGCUCAACAGCUGCAGCAUGCGUAUGGUGUCCUUUUCCAGCUGAUUCGUUACUCGCUGGAUGCCAUUUGGGUGCCGGAAAUGAUCGUGCCCGGGUUACCGCCUGCUGGUGGAACGACCGCACCAAGCGAUGCAGCAAGUGAUGCUCCUCAGGUGCCAACAUCGGUUCUGACUCCGGCUGAUUUGGUGCAGGCACAGGAUGCACAGCGGUACGCUUUGAUAAAGCCACACCAACGGUAUAAGCCGGACAUACAAUCUAUUCCAUGGCAGUGGGAUGUUUUGAAAUAG